GGCGUCGAAUACAGGGAGGCUGACAGCGGAAGGUUUUCUGACUGUUUUGCUUGAUUUCGUUCAACACUUUUGUGUACUUUCGUCUACUUUCGACUCGUGCCGUGUUCGUAGUUCAAAGUUUGAUACUUUAAAUGCCCGCACGGCGCCUCAGCGGCCCGGAGUGCGGAUGCCCCGGCCGGCCGGCGGUCGGUCUGUCUGUCUGUCUGUCAGGUGCCCGCGAGCGGACGGUGGGACGCGGGGGUCCGAGGUCCCGGUCGUGAUGACGGCCGACGCUCCGACGCUCUUGUCGGGGGUUCACCGAGCGACCCGCCGAGGGCUCUCUCGGCGUCAGCCCGGACGCCGGUCGUCCCGGGCCCGAGAGCCUGUCAGGCGCGGAGGACGGGAAGUUGCCUUUUUGACUUUUGUUCAAAUGGCACGCGAUAGUAAACCCGCUUCAAGAAGGGCGAUUGUGGCGGCCGUCGCGUCCGCCUCGCGUGCUGCCUUCCUCCGCCUCGGCUUCAUGUUCGGCCGCCUCGCGGAGGUCCUCCCCCUGCGGCGCUGGGCGGAGUUUCCUACCGGAGCAGACGCUCCUUUUGUCGGAUCUCCUUCGACUUGACUCCCCGGGGCUUCGGGCACAAAGAAAGGGCGCUGUGGAUGCGGACUCGGCGGCCGACGCGCCACGCAGUAUUCGGGAGCGUGCGGAGUGGCCAGCGGAACCGCAAGCAAGCGGAGGGCGCGGAGUCAGCUCGAGCAGACGCUGUGCGAUGAACGGCGGCGGCGUUUCUGCGCCUCAGAGCGGCAGACUCAAGACCAUCAAAGACGAGUGGCGUCAGGAGGACUGUCUGAGCCUGCUGGAGCGAAUUCGCAGCCUCCUGCCCGACGGCGACGCCAUGAAGUACAAAACCACCGAGUCGCACUUCGACUGGGACAAAGUCGGCUUCGGGAACUUCACGGGAGAAAUGUGUCGGCAGAAGUGGAGCAAAGUGUCCACGGAGGUGCGCAAGUACAGAACCAUGACGGAGCUCAUCAUGGACGCCAUCGAGUUUGUGAAAAACCCUUACAAAGGCAAGAAGCUGAAGACGCAUCCCGACUUCCCCAAGAAGCCCUUGACGCCGUACUUCCGCUUUUUCAUGGAGAAACGAGCCAAGUACGCCAAAAUCCACCCAGAGAUGAGCAACUUGGACCUGACUAAGAUUCUGUCCAAGAAGUACAAGGAGCUGCCCGACAAGAAGAAGCAAAAGUACGUGGCCGAGUUCCAGAGUGAGAAGGAAGCGUUUGAGAAGAACAUGGCUCGAUUCAAGCACGACCAUCCCGAGCUGAUGGAGGCCAGCAAAAAGUCGGACCUGCCCGAAAAGCCCAAAACUCCUCAGCAGCUUUGGUACAACCACGAGAAGAAGACCUACAUGAAGAUGCACCCGCAGGUGAGUCAGAAGGAGCUGAAGGAGGUUUUGAGGAGACAAUGGUCGCAGCUGUCGGACAAGAAGAGACUCAAGUGGAUCAGCAAAGCUUUGGAGCUCCAGAAGGACUAUGAGGACAGCAUGCGAGCGUAUCACCAGGCUCAUCCGGACGUCAGCGCGGACGAUCACGUCCGCUCGGUCCUUACAAAAGCAGAAAGACAACUCAAGGACAAAUUUGAUGGACGGCCAACCAAACCUCCUCCUAACGGCUACUCGCUGUACUGCGCUGAGCUGAUGGUGAACAUGAAGGACGUCCCGAGUACGGAGCGCAUGGUGCUGUGCAGCAAGCGCUGGAAGAUGAUGACCCAGAAGGAGAAGGACAUGUUUCAGAAGCGCUGCGAGCAGAGGAAGAAGCAGUAUGACGUGGACCUGCACAGAUUUCUGGAGAGUCUCCCGGAAGAGGAACGAGACCGAGUGGCGAGCGAGGAGAAGCUGGGCGGCGCCCGGGUUCCGGCGGGCGCCGUCUCCAGUCCGCACGCAGCCAAGUCGCCGCCCAUCAAGGAGGAGGCGGAGCCUGUGCUUUGGGCACCCCAGGGCACCAGGGAGCGACGUGACCCCAAGAAGAGCGGCAAGCUUCCCGACACCCCCAGAACGGCCGAGGAGAUGUGGCAGCACAGCGUCGCCGCUGACUUCCUCACCAAAUGCAGAAGCGACCGCAGGAAGGCGCAAGCGGCCAUGGAGGACGCAUGGAAGGCCAUGGAGAAGAAGGAGAAGAUUCCCUGGAUCAAGAAGGCCGCUGAGGACCAGAAGCGAUACGAGAGGGAGCUGUUGGAGCGGAGGCCGAGUCAGAAGAAGGCCAAGUUUGACGGAGAACCAAAGAAACCUCCGGUGAGCGGCUACCAGAUGUUUUCUCAGGAGCUCCUGACCAACGGGGAGCUGAACCACUUCAGCCUGAAGGAGCGAAUGGUGGAGAUCGGCAAACGUUGGCAUACACUGACGGCGAGCCAGAAGGACGCGUACAAGAAACACGUGGAUGCCACGCAGGCGCGAUACCGCGUGCUGCUCGACGCGUGGCUUAAGUCUUUGUCUCCGCAGGAUCGCGCCGCCUACAAGGAAUUCUCCUCCUCGAAGCGUCGCAGUACAUCGAAAGCCGGCAGCGGCCCCGCCCCUAAAAUGCUGGUGACAGCCAAGGGCAAAGCGGCGGCCUCCAAGGUGGCGCCUCCUGCCGCGGCCAAACGGGCGAUGGCGUACCGAGCCAAGCAGGAUGUGGUGUCCGACUCGGACGACGACAAGAGUGACUCGUCCGACUCUGACGAUGACGACGAGGAAGACGAGGACACGUCCGGUAGCUGCGACAGCGAAGACGACGACGACGAGCACGACGAUGACGAAGAAGAUCAGACGUCUUCUGACCAAUCCAGUGACUCGGACUAGCUCCGCCUGCUCAUUGGGGAUGGGCCAUGUCUCCUUGUGGGGGAGCUUUGUUUUUUCUCAGACAGGAGGUGGGGUUUGUACAGAAAGGGGAAGGGGUCUUCUUAAGAAAUAAAAGCACUUUUUUUUUUCUCUCUCUGAUUUAGGGGUUAGUGUCUGAAAGUGCGCCACUCAAUGCAACCCUCAAAUAAUAACAACAAUUUCAUGUACAGGUGUGGUUUUUUUUAUACAAUCAUGAAGUUAAAUUCACAAGUUGGAAAAGUCAAUGUGACAAGACCAGAUUUAUUGAAUAUAAACAAUCCAUCACCAGAUAAAUAAUCUGACCAUCCAUUACCCAUCAUCCCUCACCACCACACACCAUUUUUUUCCAAAACAUUCGUGGUUACCACAGAUACCAUUUAGCGUCAAGUCCCGCCAGCCUGUCAAAAGACAAUGUGCAUAUGUCAGUGAACGCACAACCAUGAUGCAUUCUGUGAACAUUUUGUCACAUUUUCUAAAAACCGUUUUAACCGCCUGAAAAAAGAAAAGCAGCAAAGCUAAAACAUUUGUGAAUGCGUGUCAUGGCGAUACAUCAUGGAGUUUGGCCUGGAGAUACGGCUUAACCUCCUCGAUGCCGUUCAGCUUCUCCAGCUCGUGGUAGGGUAGCUGCAACACAUCACGUGACGCGUUAGCCAAGUUUGGCAUCGAAUCGAGCUUUAUGAGAGCGGCCGCGGGUGGCGCACCUGCAGGAUGGCGUAUCCCAGCAGCUUCAGGUGGCGGUCCCUCAUAGCGCGAGAGCCGACCAGCACGCUCGAGUUGUGGCAGUAGUGCCACUUGUCGUUCACAGAGAUCACCAGCCUGAUAGGGAACACGCCGUCAAGUCGCCCACAACGUCGUGGAAUAAAAAGAAAAAGCCAUGAAAAAUCCUGACAGUAAUUUGAGAGAAUUGGAUUCAUCGUUUCAGCCCUAGAGGCCAAAGAUGCAGCGACUGCAUUCAUCAUUCCCGACUCCCCGAUAACUACAAAGGGAUUUUUAGAUGGUCCACUAUAUAGCUGAGUCGACUAUUGAGUGGACUAUCUAACCCUGAAACGAUUAAUCGAAUACUCCCAGUUCACUACAACAGGAUUUUUAUCUAGUGAACUACAAUGCUGAGAAAAAGUAUUUGCCCCUUCUCAAAUGUAUUUGUUCGCAUAGUUUAGCCACUUUAAUGUUUAAGAUAGUCAAACAAUGAAAAUAUCCGAAGCAGAUAACCAAAGUGAACAUAACAUGCAAAUAGUGGGUGAUUUUAUUCAUUAAGGGGAAAAAACAUAUUCAAACCUACAGUACCUGGCCCUGUGUGAAAAAGCAAUGGCCCCCUAAACCCAAAAACUGGUUGGGGCUCCCCUCGGCAGCAACAACUGAAAUCAAAGGUUUUCUGCAGAACCCAAGUGCGCUUCAGCUUGACGUCACCAACUGAUGGCUGAACAUUCUCCUUCAGGAUUUUCUAGUAAAGAGCAGAAUUCACGGUUCCUUCAAUCACAGCAGGUCAUCCGGGUCCUGAAUAAGGAGGGCAGCCCCAGACCAUCACUCUACUGCCAUCAUGUUAGACUGUAUGUUCGUUUUCAUCAGCAGUGGUUUUGGCCUUGGAACUUUCCUUAUUGUUGAGUCAUGAACGUUAACCUCCUCCAUCAUCUCAGUCCCCAUGAACCCUGCAAUUUCAGGUUUGAAUGACUACAGGCCCGUCACUCUUAACAUCUGUGGUCAUGAAGUCCUUUGAACGCCUCGAGCGUCGCAGCACCCUCUGCAGUUUGCCUACUGGGCAAACAGGUCUGUACUUCAUCCUGGAACACCUCAACGGUGCAGGGACCUACGUGAGGAUCCGGUUCGUUGACUUCAGCUCCGUUCAACACCAUCAUCCCUGAACUCCUCCAAACUUCUCCAGCUCAGCGUCUCGCCUGCUAUCUGCCAAUGGAUUUACAGCUUCCUGACGGGCAGGACGCAUCAGGUGAGACUGGUGUACACCACCUCAUCCACACGUACCACCAGCACCGGGGUGCCCCGGUCCUCUCUCCGCUGCUCUUAUCUCUCUACACGAACGACUGCACCUCAAUGCACCCGGGUCUCAAACUCCUGAAGUUGGCGGACAACACCACAGUCAUCGGCCUCAACAAAGACUCUUGACGAGUCUGCCUAUCGACAGGAAGUGGAGCGGCUGGAGUUUUGGUGCGGCCUAAACAACCUGGAACAAAUCAAGACUGGAGAGAUGAUCGUGGACUUCAGGAAACAUCCUUCGCCACAGCUGCCCAUCACGCUGUCCAACUGCCCUGUGUCAACUGUCGAGACCUUCAAGUUCCUGGAAAUUACAGUCUCUCAGGAACUGAAGUGGGAGACCAACCAUCAACUCCAUCCUCAAAAAGGCCCAGCAGAGGAUGUACUCUCUGUAAUGCCGCCCUAUGGGGGGCACAAGCCAGUGCAAACUAAAGGCCCGUCCCAAGCCCAGAUAAACGCAGAGGGUUGCGUCAGGAAAGGCAUCCGGCUUAAAACUUUGCCAAACAAAUGAGCGUUCAGCCAAAGAAUUCUUUCUGCACCAUUUGCACAAUCGGCACUGUACCAGAUCAUUGCACUCUCAGUCACUUUAAAUUGCUUGAGGACUGCAUCAUUUGCACAAUUGCCAUAAUAUCAGCAUCACCACACUAAUGGGACACUUUCCUUGCUCAAUGACUCGCCACACAUUUUUUUAUGUCCUAAAUGUAUACUUGGUCAUAGUGGCUCUUUGUUGUCAUACUAGUGUGGCUCCAAUUACCGGAGACAAAUUCCUUGUGUGUCUUCCAACAUACUUGGCCAAUAAAGCUGAUUCUGAUUAA